AUGGCUUCCAAAACUUGUUCUUCCCUUGCAAUUUUCCUCACAAUAAACCUCCUCUUUUUCUCUCUUGUUUCUGCUUGUGGCUCCUACUCAUGCAACCCUACUCCAAAACCAACUCCAAAGCCAAAGCCUAACCCAAACCCUAACCCUACUACACCUUCAAGUGGAACAUGUCCACGUGAUGCCCUUAAACUUGGUGUCUGUGCCAAUGUCCUAAAAGGAUUGUUGAAUCUAACAUUGGGACAACCACCAGUGACACCAUGUUGCUCCCUUCUUAAUGGCCUUGUUGAUCUUGAGGCUGCAGUGUGUCUUUGCACUGCCCUUAAGGCUAACGUUUUGGGCAUUCAUCUCAACCUUCCCAUCUCACUUAGCUUGCUUCUCAAUGUUUGCUCAAGGAAAGUUCCACGUGAUUUCCAAUGUGCCUAA